UCUGUCCCAUGGCUGGGCAGGGCUGUGCAAUGGGGUAAGGGAUGGUGAGUGGGGAGGUUGGUUUUCCUCCUUUCCCUUCCUGCUGUGCCUGAUCCUUGGUUGCCCCAGACUGACUCCAUCUUCCCCUUUUUCUCCUGUUGCAUUCAGUGGAGGAUGGUGAGGAUGAGCUUGUUAAAAAGCCCAGGUAAGGGGAGCGUGUGCUGGGUUGGCAGUAGGAGCUACAACAUGCCCACCCUGGGCUCAGCCCACCUGGCUGCUUCAUCCUCACAGCUUGCAGUCACUCUAGAGAAGCUCUUUUCCCUGUUGCUCUUUCUUUUCUCCUCUCCUUGUCCUCCACCCUCAGGUCCCUCUGUCUUCUCCAUCUCCCCGGAGAUGAGCUGCUGGCAGAACCGCAGAGCGUGACCUGUGCUCACCCCACAAGAGGCACUGCCAGUGCUCAGCCACUGUUCUGACCAUCACCUUGGGAGGGUCCUGCCCAGGCACCCACCUGCCAGAUGGGGUCCCCAAAUGGGGUGUCCCUGUGCUGGGUAGGACCUGCUGGGCACUGCUGGCAUGGAGCUGGGGAGGCUGAGAUGCAGCACUGUGUACUGGACACAGUGGGUGGGGGUGGCUGGUGGCACUGCUAACACCUUGAUUGGGGUGUUGGGAGUUCCUGGGCAGGGACUGGACCUGGGGUACGAUGUUUUGGUGGGCUGUAAGGCUAGUCAGGAGUGAAUGCUGAUGGUAUUUCUGUAAGGCUUGUGUAUCCCUGAGCUGGUGGGGCAUACGGGAAGGAUGGGCUAAGCCAUGGGUCAACCACUGACUGUUGUGCCACCGUUCUUUCUGCUACCACAGGGAUGCCUGUGUGUCCAGCUGGGGUACAGGGCAACAGCAAUGAGUGCCGGGGUCGGGCAGAGGUGUUGGCAUGUGCCAGGGCACCUUUGGGAGCACUACCCUGUGCUGAAGCAGGGUCUGUGCUUGGUGCUGGCUGAGCUCCUGCCCUCUGUCACUCACAGGCAGCCCCCUCAGCUGCUGGAGCCCCCCAGCAGCCCCGUGUGCGACCCUGUGAAGCUGCGGAUGUUGCAGGACAUUGAUGACUCACAGCCCCACACUUGGACCUCCCAGUCCCGCUCCUUCCGCAAACUGGCCCGGCUGGUGGGCGCAGACAGCAUGGAGGAUGGUGAGGAUGAGCUUGAUAAAAAGCCCAGGGAUGCCCAUGGGUCCAGCUGGGGUAUGGUGGAGCAGCGGCAGCCCCCGCAGCCGCUGGAGCCCCCCAGAAGCCCCGGGUGUGAUCCUGGGAAGCUGCGGAUGUUAGAGGACGCUGAGGACUGGCAGCCCCGCACCGGGACCUCCCAGUCCCGCUCCUUCCGCAAACUGGCCCAGCUGACGGGCACAGAUGGCAGUGAGUUCCUGCAGGGCCUGGUGCUGGCUGGGGGUGAUGAACUGUGUUAGCCAGAAUCUGACAGAGGCUGUGGGGUGAUGUGUCACUAAAGGUUUGGUUUUGGCUCCCUUAAGGGCAGCUGAGCCAGCGGGAGCUGCCCGGGGCUGUGUGUGAGCUCGUGGUGGUGCCACUGGUCUGGGGCUGUGCUCUGUCCCAUGGCUGGGCAGGGCUGUGCAAUGGGG